AUGGCUAGGAGAAAAGAUCUCUCUACAUUUGAGAGAGCAGCCAUAAUCCAGUUCCUCCUUGAGGACAGCAAGAAGGGGAAGCCUUCUAGGGGGAAGAUUGCAGCAGCUAUUACAAAAUGGAGCAGCUCACGAAGCACUAUCAAUCGGGUUUGGGCAGCUGCAAAAAAGCAAAUACAGCAGGGUGAGGUAAUAAGUUCCAUUAGUCGAAAAAUACAUAGACCAAGGCAGAAAAGAGUGCAAUUAGAUUUACAGUUAAUUGCUAGCUUAGACUUGUCCAAAAGAUCUACCAUUCGGAGGCUUGCAUGUGGUAUCCAAUGUAGCAAAAGUACUGUGGGAAGAUGGAUUAAGUUAGGGCUGAUCAAAGCUCAUUCAAAUGCCAUAAAACCCGAUCUUACCGCUCCUAACAAGUUGCUUAGGCUACAGUUUUCAUUAGAGGCCCUAGAGUAUGAUAGGAUUAUGAGGAGUGUGACAUUUAAAAAUAUGCACAACACAAUCCACAUUGAUGAGAAAUGGUUCUACAUAACCAAGUCCAACCAAAGGUUUUACUUAACCCCUGCAGAGACCGAGCCUCAUAGAACCUGUAAAAGCAAAAAAUUCAUCACCAAGGUGAUGUUUAUGUGUGCAGUGUGUAGGCCUAUCUUUGGCCCUGAUGGAGAAUGCCUAUUUGAUGGAAAAAUAGGCAUUUUUCCAUUUACUGAACUGGUACCAGCAAAGAGGAAGAGUAAGAACAGGGAGGCAGGCACAAUGGAGUGGAAACCCAUUCAAAGUAUCACCAAAGAAGUGGUGAAGGAUUGCCUUAUUAACAAGAUUAUACCUGCUAUAAAGGCAAAGUGGCCAAGUUUUGCUAGCAAAGUCAUCUACAUACAACAGGAUAAUGCGCGGCCACACAUUAAAGACAAUGACCCUGAUUUCAGGGUAGCUGCCUCUAGUGAUGGCUUUGACAUACACCUGGUGCAUCAACCACCAAACUCACCCGACACCAACAUAAAUGAUUUGGGGUGGUUCAGGGCCAUACAAUCGCUGCAAACUGAAUCAGUUUGCAACAAUGUGGCUGACUUACUUAUGGCUGUUCAAAAUUCAUAUCAACAGUUAAGUGCACAAACCUUGAAUAAGGUUUUUCUUAGCCUACAAAGUUGCAUGAUUGAGAUACUCAAGGUCAAAGGUCAAAACUGCUACAAAAUUCCACAUUUGAAGAAGGAUGCCUUGAUUAGGCAGGAUAUGCUUCCUUUAAACCUUGAAGUUGAUUCAAGGCUUGUUAGGGAAUGCAUAGCCUACCUAAUUGAGCAGGGGAGCAUUAAUGGGAGUGAAAGUUUCUUAUUGCAGCUGCCUAUAGGCAUGAUUGGAGGCACAACUGAGGGGCUGACUUGUAGCAUGCAGCAGCUACAAAUUCAAGGGGGCAGUGGUGCAUUUUGA